CUUACCCGAUCUGAAAAAAAAAUGGCACGAACCAAGCAAACCGCCCGUAAGUCAACAGGAGGAAAGGCACCCCGGAAGCAACUGGCAACCAAAGCAGCUCGUAAAAGUGCUCCCGCUACCGGUGGAGUGAAGAAACCACAUCGCUAUCGUCCAGGAACGGUGGCUCUGCGUGAGAUCCGUCGCUACCAGAAAUCGACCGAGCUUCUGAUCCGCAAGCUGCCCUUCCAACGUUUGGUGCGUGAGAUCGCUCAGGAUUUCAAGACCGACUUGCGCUUCCAGAGCUCGGCUGUGAUGGCUCUUCAGGAAGCCAGCGAAGCCUACCUGGUUGGACUUUUCGAGGACACCAAUCUGUGUGCGAUCCAUGCCAAGCGUGUGACCAUCAUGCCGAAAGAUAUUCAACUAGCGCGCCGAAUCCGAGGGGAACGAGCCUAA